GAAACCAUUUCCAUCCCACAAUUUUGCGAGGGGGAUCUUUGUACGAGACGAGUUUGAUUCCAGAUGAAUACUGCGAAUAUUGCGGUUCCAAUGGAAGUGUCAUAAAAGUUUAUUUGUUCUAUCUAUUUGUCAAUCGCCCAUAGACAACACAACGACAUUCAAAUAACGAUGACGAAGGCCCUCGAACAUCUCRAUUUGGCUGGGGGAAUCGGUAAGAGCCACGAUGGUAUUCGCUUGAGAACAUCUUCUCUCGUACAAAGCAAGGAAGCGAUUUCUACAACACAACAGAAGAUGGACCGUUACCAAAUGAUGCCAUACAUCCAGAUCGAUCACCCCUUUCAUUUGAAAAACGAUCUGAAAUUUGCAUUCACGUACAGUGACGAAUCUGUCUCCAUCGGUAGCAGUGUUUGCAGUGGCCUGCGUAAUAGUUUGCACUCGUCGUUAUCUUCUUUAUCGCUCGAAUAUACAGACUUGGAUUUUUCAUCGGAGUCUAGUUGCGAAGAAGGCAGUUCCUACGCCAUGGAAGAAACCCCUAGCUGGAGACUUUCCCCUGAAGAAAACCAAAGCGAUUGGACCAUAACUAUUGAAAGUGUUCCAGAGGGUACCAUCUCGAGAUACCAUGUUCACAAGAAAGCGUUAAUCAACAAUGGGCACAAAGGUAGUGAUUUUUUCGCAAGGCUCAUCAACGAAACCGAUAUUACAGAAACAAAGCCAAUCAAGAUUCACGAAGAUGCUGCCAGGCUCAUCGAAAAUAUGCUUGAUUACAUGUAUGCAAUUGACGACGAACUGGAUAUAUCCAGUGACUCAGCUAUCGGACUUCGCCAUCUUAGUCAAUUCUUUGGUAUUAAGGGAUUGGCGAGGCGUGUUAACUGUUUUAUCAACGAAGACGUUUCAUUGGAAAAUAUGGAAUCCUAUUUGGAAACCACAUCUGCAUUUGAUGAUAUGCAGACAACAACUCUUCUUGCUGAUCGCUGCGCGGAAGAAAUCGAAAACAUUAGUCCUUUGUCAUCACUAGUCGGGGAAAUGGAUCCUAGUUUCAUUUUGUCCAUUGUUUCUAGUCGAAAAUUCAACCGAAGGAAGCACAGCAGUCACAUGAGUCACAUAAUGACCGGCUAUUUCAUCACACAGCGAGGUGCCAUUGACGGGCAUGUGUUCCAAGAGUUGACUGCGGAAGAGUACCUCCCAUAUGUUGACCAAGAAGCAGCUCUUCMAUUGCUUAUUCUUGAGGCCGCACUUGUUCGAGAGAGCACAGACGAAUCAACUCCGUUGUCGUCUUUGCAGCUGCGAUGCAUUGAAGGUAUUCUUCCGAUGUUCAGCAGCUCGGCAAAUAAUGACGUCAGUGAUGCCGAAAAGAAAUCGAGACAAACCGCGAUGCUCAAAAUUCCCAAAAAGGUUCUGGCAGAAAUCCUCUCGAUGUUGCCAAUCAAAUAACAUCGUAGCAUUUAAAAUUGCAGCACUAGCUACGAGACAACACGAGACCGAGUGAAUUGUCACUACCGCCCUGAAAAAUAGUCGAAAAAAAAGUAAUAGUAGUCAUGAAUGUUAGAAUUUUUGAUUGCAUGAAAAUAAUGCAGAUGGAGUGCCUUCUCAUUUCUGCAUUGAAGCUACACUCCAAUACAGCAAUUCUGUAUUC